AUGACACCCGAUACCGAAACGUUCUCCACACCUCCGACGACUCCUAUGCCGCCUGCACCCGCGGCCCAAUCACAGCCGAUGGCAGGGCGCCGCCCGAGCCAACUGCAAUUCACAUCGACAGCGGAAGCGCAUCCCGAGAUCCAGGUCGAGGUCGAACAAGACGACCACAAUAGCACUCCAAACCUCAAAUCGUCGCCGCUUCCGGUUGGAAAAUCAUCGUCGUUGCCGUUACCAGGUCCGGUGGGGAAAGCGAUCCAGGGUGCACUCAAGUCGCCGUGUUUUGUCCAUUCGUUGCUCGACAAGGGCGCGUCGCUCUCUGAUUGGCUCAAGCAGCAACCACAACCACACCUACCCCAUCCCAUGCCGUCUCCCCCCGUGUCUGGAUCGAGCAGCGAGCCGGACUAUGACGACGAGGAAGAGGAAGAGUACUCGAGCAGUCUUACUAGGCAGUUGGCCGAGACUGCGGUCGGGGUCAGAGAGAUGAGUAAGCAGCUUGGCCGAGCGAGGGUCCACAGCAAGAUCAACAAUGUCCUGAUCAUCACCAAGGCCCGGGACAAUAGACUUAGCAAAUUGACGCGAGAACUGGCUCUGAUGCUCAUGACGAAAGAACGAGAAGAUGGACGUGGUCUGGUCGUAUACGUCGACUCGCAGCUCCGCAACUCGAAGCGAUUCGACGCUGCCGGACUAGAGCGAGAUUAUCCCGAAUUAUUCGUGCCUAUCCGACAACCACGCCGUCGUUCUUCCUCAUCGACCUCUCUUGCCUCAUCCCACCAUGCAGGCUCGGUCUCUUCCCUCCGAAUGACGGCCAUGUCAUCCCGCAACUCGUCUACCGAUAACCUCUCCCUCCCACCCUCCGAAGGCCAACUGCGCUACUGGACAUCCGACAUGUGCAUUCGCUCUCCCCACUUGUUCGAUUUCGUCGUCACUCUCGGCGGAGACGGAACCGUCCUCUUUGCCUCUUGGCUCUUCCAGCGCAUCGUCCCGCCCAUUCUCCCGUUCGCACUCGGCUCCCUCGGUUUCCUCACAAACUUUGAUUUCGCGGAUUAUAAAGCCGUCAUGGACGGCGCAAUCGAUAAUGGAUCCGCGUCAACCUUCGCAUGCGAUUUAGUUGCACCGUCUACCGGUCCGUCAACCCGGACGAAUGGUGGAGGCUGGGAAGCUCUCGAGGCCGGCUACGGCGGGAGCGGGCCCACCGCUGGCGGCAAGGACAAGGAGAUCAUGUGUCUUACGACCCGGCCCGUCGAGACGUUUGAGGUCUUGAACGAUCUUGUCAUCGAUCGUGGCCCGAGUCCGUAUGUCUCGAUGCUCGAGUUGUUUGCAUCAUAUGACGACUGUCCAAGGAGACGGUUGACGGUUUCCACACCUACCGGAUCCACCGCAUACUCGUAUCCGCAGGCGGGUCGCUCGUCCACCCGAAAUCCCGGCGAUCCUCAUAACACCCAUCUGCCCUCACACUCUAUCCUUCCGUCCGAUGCUUUUACCAGACAGCAUGGAACUGCGCGUCUUCGACCGACUGGUUCCAUUCCAUUUCGCGCACGUUUAAAUGGAACGAGCGCGAGCGCCAAAAGUCGUUUGUCAUGGUUGAAGAAGACGCCCCCUCGGCUUCUUCUCAGUCCCGGGCCCAAGCUGUUAAGAAAGGGAGAUGAGGGGGAGGAAGAAGAGGAAGAAGAAGAGGAGAAAUAUGAUAUUGAUGAUUCGAGUCCCGAGGCUGCUGUCACUACCACCGCCAACAACAACAACAACAGCAACCACAACGGUAACAACGCCCCUUCUGUACCAGAACCAGAACCAGAAGGAAGAGGGAAAGGUUUAGCAGCUGUCGCAGCCCGUGCGAUCAACAGGGACAACAUUGUCGAGUCGCACUUUACAAACAAGUCGGGCUACGACUCGCCCGACCGGUUCCGUGUCCCGCACCCUCAUCCGCCCAAGGUCCAUUUCAGACACACGGUCGAGGGCGCUCCGACGUAUCAGGGAGCACCGAGACCUCAAGAUGGUCCGACUUCAAGAUCCCAGGACGCGAAUCCGGACGCUAAAACUCCUCGCCCGGGAGACACCCAUUCCCAUUCCCACUCUCAUUCAAACUCAAAUUCACAUGCACCGCAGUAUGCCCCCCAAUCCCAACCCCAAUCCCAAUCCCAAUCCCAAGCGUACCACGCGAGCAUCGAGCAAGACGGUCGACCGCACAGCGCGGGGAUCCACCACCACCACCACUCGCCGCAUUACCCGCAUUCGUCCCGGUCCCAUCGCGAGCACCAUCGCGACCGCGCGCCAAACACCGCUCCGCCCGAUCGGAGGGCGUUUGCGGUGUGGGGCCAGGACGAGAGCGAUAGUAAUACGAGUGAUGGGGAGGUCUGA